CGCGUAACCUGGCCCGUGCGAGACUUUACCAAUGCAUCAAUGUACACCACCACCACCACCACCACCACCACCACUAUCGAUUCAGCUGCCGCAUCCAUGCUAAUCAAUACUUCCAAUUCAUUGUUCUUCACAGCCUGAACGCGGUCCGAUCCCCAAAAUCAACUGUCGCUCCCUCCCUCCAUCUCUCUCGAGACAAUGACGCCUGAUUCGAGGUGGCUGGGAUGGUUCCCCAGCCUCCUCCGCCUUGUCACCUUGACAACCAACCUCGCUGCUUGUCUGCCAACCGCACAAGACACCCAAGUGCAUCAGCAGUGGGCGCGCCACAUGGCUCCGAAGCUUUGAGUCCUUGGUACACGUAGGCUUCUGCUAAUGAGAUGGCUGGUUGCUCUUCUUUUAACAGCUGUUCGGCCGUAUUUCUUUCAAACUUUGCCCUGCCUGCUCUCAACACAUUAGCAACCUCUUCCUCUCCCAUAUUCCUCCUGCUGCCCUGACCAUCACCAUCACUCGUCAUCCUUCUACUCGCUACCGCUUUUCACGAGCAGAUAUAAUCCUCCACCCCGGCCUCGUCGCCGUUUCAACCUUGAAGUCCGCCCCGCCCACCUUUACUUACCCACCCCCUUCACAUCCGCUCUCGAUAUGCGCUCCACAUUACAAGCCGUUGCAGCUUUCGCUUCGGCCGCAUUCCUGCUGGCCCCGGCAGUCGCUCAAACGUACACCAACUGUGAUCCCACCAAACGAUCCGACUGUCCCCCCAACUCGGCCUUGGGCAAGACCGUCAACAUCGAUUUCUCCUCCUCUUCAGACAGCUUCACACCCCAGGGAAAUCCCACCUACGGCAAAGAUGGCUGUUCCCUCACCGUUUCCAAGUCCGGCGACUCUCCACAGCUUACCUCCAAAUGGUACAUCAUGUUCGGCCAGGUCGAUGUUGAGAUCGAAGCCGCCCCUGGUGCAGGAAUCGUGAGCAGUUUUGUUUUGCAGUCGGACACUCUCGACGAGAUCGACUGGGAGUGGCUCGGUGCCGAUAACGGCGAAGUCCAGUCCAACUACUUUGGAAAGGGCCAAACGACUUCGUACAACCGUGGCGCAUUCCACAAGAACCCGAACAACCAAGACAGCUUCCAGAAAUACACCAUCAUCUGGACUUCUGAGCAGACUGUCUGGCAGAUCAACGGCGUCACCGUCCGCGUCUUGAAACCUGCUGAUGCCAACAACCAGUACCCGCAAUCUCCCAUGCAAGUCAAAAUCGGUGCUUGGAGUGGUGGUGAUUCCGCCAACCCUCAGGGCACUAUCGAGUGGGCUCGCGGGCCUACCGAUUACACAAAGGGACCUUUCACUAUGAAGGUCAAGUCCCUAAAGGUCCAGGACUACUCCACCGGCACACAGUACACCUACGGUGACCAGUCCGGCACCUGGGGUUCUAUUAAGUCCAACGGCGGCAAAAUCAAUGGCGGAGGUACGCCGGUACAGGGGGAUACGCCCGCCAUCACCUCGUCCGCCAACGGCCAGCCCGUUCCCUUCAAGCCGUCUACUGACAAUGCGGACAAGCCGAGCGUGUAUCCCUGGAUCCCCAACCCUUCUGCCACAACCGCCGCUGCGCAGCCCACCCUCGAAAACUACCCUGGCCUUCCCAGCGGAUGGACCGUCUCCGACUCGGGCAAAGUUGUUCCGCCCAGCCUGGCGCCUUCGACAUCCCCAGCCGUUUCGUCUACCUUGUCUUCGCAAGCUUCGCCUUGGGUUUCGCCUUCGGUCUCUAGUGUUCAGGGCAUCAACGCAGUCGUGACGAGCUCCCCUAGCUCCCCUCCCCCUGCUCCUUCCGCGCUCUCUGCCGCUUCAUCGAUCGCGUUCCGUUUCUCAGCCCCGUGCGGCACCAGCCUUGUUUUACUAGCGGCAUUCGUUGGCGGCGUCCUCCUAUAA